GAGUUGAAUUGUUGCUGGGCUCCACGUUGAUUUGAACUUUCACCUCUACCGUUGGCAUCAGGGGGAGGAGGUGGACUGAGGCGUAUCAUCAACGCCGGAGGCUUCACUUUUCUUGGUAUGAGUCCAAAAAUUGGAUAUCCAGAUGUUACAUUAAUCGCAGAAAAUAUACGCCAGGCAUGCGAGACACAUGCAAUGUAAUUGGUCAAGCAAGGCCAAUAUCCUCCUUCGGCGAACUCUAUUCAGAGAGCCCAAUGAAUAUUAUUCAAGAUGGAGAGGUUGCCGGUCUGCUCAUUUUCUAUCCCUGGCUGUAAAGCCAAGUAGCAAUCAUUUCGCGCCAAGGACCGUCCUUGCACGAUCCGCCACCCCUUGUCAUGUUUCAUUUCCUCACACCUUCAGGCCGUUCUCUUCAUUAUCUUCACUUGCAGCCUCGAUGCAACCCAUGCCACCUACUCCGGACAAUUUGCCGUUGUCGUCUGAACAUACCACGCCAAUGACCCCGGCUCAAAUGUCAAGAGCAGCUUCGCAUGCCGUACGAUUAUGUGUUCGCAGCGGAGCAGUAAUGGAAGCGUGCUAUAUCCUGAACUCUCUUCACGGUUCUAUUGAAGAUGGACCUGGCGGGCUUGGUCCUCUGGAAGACAUCGGCCCAAUGCCCGAAGGGCUCAAACCAAUCACGUUCGGACAGGAGGUUUCGCCGCGACUUUCGAGCCAUUGCUUCCUCCACGCAAUGGUUCGCGCUGGGAGCGUAGGCAGAGCUGCGCGAUUCGCGGAGUUGAUGAUGGCGAGAGGAACGCGAAUGCGAAGUAAAACAUUGGAAGCAAUCAUUCAGGGUUUAUGUUCUGAUCCACAAUCUCAAAUCAAAGCGAAAGCCAUACGCCUUGCCGACAUCGCGAAACAGGGUCGGCGUCCUCCAAUGCUGGAGUUGGAUGCCGACUGUGUAAACGACGCUUAUACCCGUGCUGCCAUCCGCAUCUUACAGAUUGCCCGCAAGUAUAGUCAACGGCGAACGGAACGAAUGUUUUCAACGAUCAUUGGGGCGUGUCUGCUACAAGGAGAGAUCAUCGUCGGUUGUCUUCUCUUCGUGCUUUUGGUCAAAGACUGGCAGGCGCGUCACGCGAUGCUUACCCCCGUUGAUUCGGGCGACGCGAACAGCGAAGAAACUGUACAAGGCAAGGACAAAGGUCGUCUUUACAGACUGAGACAGUUGGAUCACAAUCAGUCGACACCGAAGGUGUCAUCCAUGACCUCUAUCCUCCAGGAGAUCGAGGCCGUGCUAGCCAAAAGGCCUCAAGAACCUGAAGAUCACGUCGCGUUUGAAGAAGCUCUUCAAGCGCUAGCUAACCUGGCCAUGCUAGUGGAACAAGGACUUGCUCCUUUUCCUCAACUUUCUCCCUUGCUACGUGCGUUUUGGUCAUGUCCUAAGGUUCCUCAUCGUGUUUGGAUUCUUCAGGACAACGCUGUUGUCCAGGUCAAAGCGUAUGACUAUUUCCACGAAGUUCUCUUGCGAAUCAUCUACUCGUUGAAGCACUACAGUGAUCCACCCUUGCGUCUUCCACAACUGGAUCGAGUUUCUUAUAAUUCCCUUUUGCAUUACGCUCUUCGACAUCGCAUUUCGCCUGGUUUGGCAGACUCGGUGCUCAGGCACAUGCUUGAACAUCGGAAGCGGCCUCUAAAGCCAGACGUAGGGACUUACAAUGUCCUGCUGCGUUCAUCCACGCUUCUUCGGAACUCCGACAUGGCUACAGCUGUGAUCCAUGCUUUCAGGCGCGACACUCGCAAUCAGAAGCUUAUGCCUGAAGACGAACCUUCCGUCCCAAAGACGAAAGAGUGUAUUCCCUAUCGAAUGCGUCAGAUCGUCAGACGUUAUCCCGAUACUUACGAGACCUCAACCUGGGGUGAACGUAGAGACAGUUAUCGGGAUAUCGCUCGGACCGUUGUGGGUCUGGAUGUCAAGCUUCCAGCUGACAAUAUCACAGUGUCGAGUUAUAUCAUGCAUCUUACUUCAACAGGCCGUCCUCAUCUCGUUGCCCUCCUCAUUUUCCGACUUAUACCCGAGCUGCACAUUGUGGAUCACCCAUCCGGAGCAGAUGAUGCUGAGCAAAAAGAACGUCGGAAAGAAAACCGCGAGGCCUGCCUUAAGCGCGCAGCAUCCUUUGGUCCUCAUUUCUUCGCAGCUGUGUUGAAUGCUCUCGUUAAAGCGGGCAAGACUGGGUUGGCAGAGCGUGUAUGGCUGUUGGCGCUUCAGGCCCAACGGGCAAGUUGGAUUCCCGGUUUCGUGGAGAAUGUCAAGCCGUGGUGUUUGACGAUUCAUUCGUAUACUUCUAUGAUGCAGUGUUAUGCCCGUGAAGCAUGCAGACCCAUGCCCAUUCACAUGUUGGACUCUGCUACAGUUCCAGAUUGGACACCGAGGGAUAACCUCCAUGUUCGAGGAUGGGCCGGCGUCGUCCAUAUGCGCCAAGCAUUGCAGAAAGUUCCUCGUCGUAUGGCUGGAAGGCGAAUGGGAAUGAUGGUCUUUCGCUCAUUAGCUUCAGGUGGCGAGGAUGUUCUUCAUGCGCUUCGGGACUUGCGAAAGUUCGGUCCUGAGAUUGAAAUUCCUCCCGAAUCUCUUCCAGUUCCUGACGCCCGCUUCUUCAAUGCUGCUCUCAUGCUAUUCGGUCGUGACCCAUCGCUUGCAAAGCAUCGCAGUGCAAAUCAGUGGAGGCGACGCUUGGACUUCUCUAUGCGCAGCUUCUCGCGUUAUGGUACGGUGGCACGACUACCACACCCAGCUUUGCAGGAAAUAGGCGAGGCAAUGGUCGCAAAUGGAUACUCAAUACCCCCCGCAUUCCGACAUUUCUUCGUUGGUCGCCUUCCUGUUGGUUUAUUGGCCGAUUGGAACAAGCCAGAAUUUGAUUACUCACCAUACGCGUUCCCACCAACAACCCACUUACCCUACCGAUCUAACCGAAUUCCAGUUACUAAAACCAGAGGGCUUCCUGUCAGACGUCGCAUACGCAGGCCCAGACGGACUAGAAAUAAUAGUAGUGCCAAUGUAUAUUAGGAUGUUGCAGUAUACGGAUGACUGGUCUGUAAUUAGUCGAUGGGUAUAUAAUAUGCAUUCUAGUCGUCAUCCUCUGUACCCGGCGUGCCGUCUGUCUUUUUCUCGCCUUGAAGGUAGACGAUGGUAGUAGCCUUUUGGAUAUCUCUUGGCUUCCACUCUUUGCCUGCAUCCAACAGCUGGUCAACGGUUUCCUGCACCUUCACAGCCAUUCCAUCGCUGUUCAGCCACGGUUGUCCCUUCCUCGGUGCAAAGACAAGGCUGACUCUGAGUCCUCUCCUCAGUUCGCGGCGGGCCUGCUUGAGUUUGGUACGGAAGUCAUGAGGAUCGACGCCCCACGUCAUCUGGAUCUCCUUCUCUUCCAUACUCUUCAAAACCGCCUUCUUUUGCUUCUGCUCCUCCUUGUGUUUCUUGUACAUUUCCGCGCUCUUAACGAGCUUAACAAGUGGCUCCGGACUGGUGCCAACCAGAGAUAAUUGGCAUGUUUUACGAUCC